CGGUUUGAUAUUUGCUGAGUAGUCUACCUGGUUCGUCAUUGGUUUGGUUUUGGUUUUACAACUCUCAGCUGAAAACCACUCCAUCCCUGUCAUUCAUCUCUUGAUCGAGAAGUGAGGUAUAAUUAUAAGCAUGAGGUAUUUAAAGCCCUUUUCAAAUGUUAACCGAAAGAGAUGCAGUUCAGUCUAGGUCUGAGAUAAGGUAUCAAUUUUUUGGUCAGGUCUGAAAAAGGGAAGGAAAUAAUCAUUUAUUUUGAGCUUUUGAUAUUCAAUACAAUCACAGCAUUAUCUAAAGCACUGAUAAAAUGCACACCACUGAGUGGAGACCUUUUCUACGAUGUCAUGCUUUUUUGAUUUUUAUAAAUUCAAACAAAAAAAAUUAGGCUUACCUCUUGAUUUAUAAUGCUGAACUGAGUAAGUAUGCAAAGUUUCACAAAACCUGUUGCAAACACAUGAAAAUAUGGGAGCCCAAACUUUAUGAUGAAACGUAUGACAGGGGGCAACGAUUACCCCCUAGUAUUCAUUCAUUUUGCAAAAACUUGGCAGGUCUGCAAGUGCACAUUUUCAUGAGUUUAUAACAGAUUCUCAAAUUGAUUUAUGGUGGUGAAUUUUUGUUGAUAUGAAAAAUAUGAAAGGUUGUUGUAUUAUAUGGAAAGAGUGAAUGUAGACACAAGUUUCUCUUCCAUAAAAACUGCUUCAGGAUUUUUUCAGGAGUUAAUUUGAGACACCCGUGGACAAUCCAGGAUAGUCUUGGACAGGUUCAGAGGUCUUCUGCAUAUUUUGAAAAUCAUCAGACAUUAACUCGAUUCCUCAUCUUAACAGAUUUGCCAUUUAGUUUUGUAUGAAAGUUCAUUGGUAAACUGGUAGAUGUGGAUAACAUUGUCAAGGUCGCAAAAACUGGCUGUAAGAUAAGGAUCACACAAUUCCAAUAACAAUGCUAAACCCAAAUCUAUAUAAUCAAGUCUCGUCCGGAAAAAGAAAUCAAGUGUUUAAAACACUAACAUCAUGACCCUAGCUGACCAAAGAUCUACGAUCCGAACUUCCUAUCUGAGGAUCCACAAUUCGACCUUUAAAACAGGUAGAGUCCAGAGUCCAGGCCAAAAUUCACAGUUGAUCUGUGACCUGCCCUAUUUUCGAAAUCUGCCAAUCUGUUCAAUUUAUCGCAAAAGUCUGUAAACUGUGCGAUUUUUUAAGCCAUAUCUGUUGAUCUGCAAACCUAUUUACCCCCCUCAGUCAUUAAACUGGUACAAGUUUAAUGGCUGCCUGCUGCGUCAUGCCGGCUGCAAUAAGUCAAAUUGUGCAAUAGCUGUAGCCUGUGUUGAAGACGGAAAUCAAAGAUGAUGGUUUCCCGAGUGUUGUUUCAUCUAGGAGGCAGAUUGUUUUAUAUUUAUGGGACGUAUCAUGACUCAUACAUUGUGACGGAGGAUAGAAUGUUGUAUGGAGGACGUUUUCAGUAUCUGACCUUUUUAAAUUUGGUUUGCCAGUUGAUAUACUUUAUUAUUGCUCCCUGUGCCGAUAUUCUGACUCUUUUAAAGGGACAUGAAGACAACUGGCUUGUCAGACUUCGUGAUACAGUGUUUUGUGCACUAGCAUUUCCUCUUGGUGUGUUUGUAGCUGCCACAUUUUGGGGUAUCUAUAUGAUUGACAGAAAUUUAAUUUUUCCUGUUGCAAUGGAUGCGAUAAUUCCACCAUGGUUGAAUCACCUUUUGCAUACAUGGUGUGCUGUCUUUGUGAUUAUAGAAGGUGCCUUCAUUCGGCAUAAAUAUCCCAGGAAUUGUGUUGGCUUGUGUCUGCUGGCCACAUUUGGUGUGGUGUAUCUUAUAUGGAUCAUGUGGAUUGCAUAUGCAGCAGAAUUCUGGGUUUACCCAUUCCUUCGCAUCAUGCCCAAUUCUUUUAGAGCAGCAUUCUUUUCAAUGUCUUUCUGCAUUCUUGUCUUCUUCUACUUCUUGGGGAAGUGGAUGACACUGUUUAUAUGGGGAGAUGGAGAAGAACAGAAAUCCACAAACUCGAAUCCAAAAGAAGGCGCCAGAAAGAAAGUGAAGAAAGCAGAUUAGAAUGCACCUUGUAUCUUUAAGUACAGCUUUUGUUAAUUUUUUAGUUCUGAUUCUAUUUCGCUGAUUAUUUAUUUGCCCAUUGCAGUGCAAAUGUUAAUUGAUAACCUAAGUAAGAUCUAGGUAUAUAACCCUUGUGGGCGUUUCACUUCUUAAACUUUCUUUUAGUUAAAAAUUGUUUAAACAGUUUCUACGAGCAGAUAUAGAAUCUACAGGCAGUUAGAAGGAUCUGAUCAACUCAAAGAAAACGUUUAACAGCCGAAUUCUUCCAUGAAGAAUUAUGGAUAGGUGUACGAUAGCACUUAGAAUAAUUUUGAUUUUAAUACCAGGAGUAAAGGCGACAUUCUCUCGCGCAUCAUUUUAAAUUCUGAUUUUAUUCACUGCAGUUUUAUUAGCGCGUGUUUUGAUUGGCCAGAAUUACUCUGGUUUUGGUUCGAUUAUUAAUUCUUACUUACUAGGACACAUUUAUUUUUGAGCGGUUUUCAUUUGAGUGUCGAAAAAGUAAUUGGUUUUUCUACGCUUCAUGAUUGACUUAGAAAACUCGCCCCUUUUUAAUCCAAUCAGAAGUAAUACCAAAACCAAACGUGACUCACUUGCACGCCUUUUCCCGGGCUUUGCGUCAGAAACGUGUCUUUACUUCGAGUUUUGAUUGGUUUGUUGGGUUGUCUAUGUCCUUUGUGAUUGGCUAGAGUGAUUACUUUGAUUUUGAUUUUACGACACUCAAUUGAAAAAAAAAACAUUUUUUUAAAGUUAGUUCUGAUAAUCUGGUGGAACAUGAUGACUCUAUUAAUCUAAUAUGACUCUAUUUAAUGGAUAAAUCUAUUGUUGACCUCAAUGUAUGGUAUACAAUAAUCUGAUUGUUGUAAUAUUUCAUGAUGGUCCGAAGUAAUGUAAUUUCUUGAACGAAUGUACUGCUUAGCAAAGUAUGAGAAACAAAAUGA